AUGGAAACAGAGCAGGAAUGGGAAUUUAUCAAAAAUGCGAUUCAAAACCGAGAAGGCAGUGAAUAUGGUGAAUGGUUUAUUGGUUUGGAGAUGAAUAUAACAACAAAAAAUUGGACUUGGGUCAGUGGCAAACCUCUGACAAUUAACAAAUGGGAAAAUUCAAGUCCUGACCCAAAUGACUUUUACGGGCUGAUUCAUGAGGAAUUUCCACCUGGAUUUACAGGGUCUUUUAGCACCGUUAAAGGAGGCGUACAAAGAGGAUGGAUUUGCGAGAAAGAAUCAGGUAUUGAUCAGGACCAAAUAAAAGAAACGAUUUUAGCUUUAUCAUAAAUUAUUAUCAUGGAUGAAUCUGAAUUAGCUACGGGCUGCUUUCCCCUCCCUUUCCCACCCCUUAUCUUUCCCUUUCCCACCCCUUAUCUUUCCCUUUCCCACCCCUUAUCUUUCCCUUCCCCACCCCUUAUCUUUCCCUUUCCCCCCCCUUAUCUUUCCCUUUCCCACCCCUUAUCUUUCCCUUUCCCACCCCUUAUCUUUCCCUUUCCCACCCCUUAUCUUUCCCUUUCCCACCCCUUAUCUUUCCCUUUCCCACCCCUUAUCUUUUCCUUUCCCACCCCUUAUCUUUCCCUUUCCCACGCCUUAUCUUUCCUUUUCCCACCUUACCUUUUCCGUAACCCGCCCAUUUGGACCACCUCAUACUGAAGGCUUAUCAUCUUCAGGGAAACAGUUCCCGUAAUACCAGCCCCUUUAAAAAAUUUUAUAGAUAAAUUAUAAGAGAACCCUCUUAGAAAUGUGUCGAUUCAUGGUUAUGGGCAAGCCUAAAAACAACACAUUCUCACUUGUUCGCAAUGCCACCCCACAAAUGUCUAGUUAGUGACAGUGUCAAUUUUCAUGUUCUUUUAACAGACAGUUGUCAAGGAGACUGUUUCGUACAUCCUGUUCCGCAAAGCACUAGUCCCCCUGGAACAAAGGCUUUUACUACAAAAGUCAGGACGUCAACAGAACAGGAUAUCACUGAUGUAUCAGGUUAAUUUAAGGAUAUGUAAAAGGGCAACUUUCAAGAAGUAAUCGAAGUUUGUAUGUUUCGUUUUGAAAUUUGGAAAACAAAUCGAAACGGUCUCUAUUUGUCUCUCUUUUUUUUAUUGUUGGCUCGUCAUUUUGUCUGUUUUUUUAUUUAUCAGAGGAAGAAAGAUUUGACCCCCCAGUAGUUUUCCUUAUUUGUGUGUUUUGUUUUUGUUUCUUAUGCUAAAAUCAAUGUUAAAAGCCAGGAUCACUAUCUAGGUUAAACUAUCAUGAUUCAUAUGCAUGUGAACAAAACUUUUAAUACAUUGAUUUAAAAUCUAGGGUCUUUAACAGUUGUCUCCAUCCUUACCACGGCGAAAUCAACAAACGGAGCGAAAUCAACAUACACCCCUACCACAGUGGAUGACAAGAGCAGUUCUUCUCCCACAGUAAUGAUAGUAGGCGCAUCUUUGGGAGUAGUGCUCUUCGUAGCGUUUAUUAUUAUCAUCAUAGUCAUUUUAUUAAGACGAAAGAAACGUCAGGGAAAAGGUAAACAGUCUCUAGAUGUUGUAAAGAUGAAACUAUUAUUAUUCCCCAUAUGAAAAUAGUUUCUAAUGAUAUAAUGGUUUAGAUAUCAUUCAUGCGGCGAAGCCUUUAACUGACCUUCUGUCUCUCAAAGACUAUUAUUUUGACUGCGAAAAUAGAACUGGAGACUAACCACACAGUACAACGGAAGACCAAACAAGCCCUUUUUGUCUGUUUGUUUUCAUGUUCGUUUUGUUGUUGUUGUUUUCUUUUCUCAGGAAAAUGUUAUUGUUCCUUGAUUUCCAGAUAAUAUUUAUUGCAUUUAUUUUUGAUUACAUACCUGGCUUGCACAUGCUACUUAAUCGUGUUCCAAUAAAAGGUCAAAUAUCGUUGCAGUUCCACUGUGACGUACAUGCAACUCGGGCAUGGUUUCAUCAUCAAAGUCGCAAAGCUAACCUGAAUAAUUGCCUUUUAACUUCUCAGCCGUUCUUUCCUUUGUCGACGUCGUGCUUAUGAGCAAUGUUGAAUAAAAAACCAGCUUUGAAUACGUAAUAACUAGUUUGGCAGAUGUUGAAAAAGUGGUUUCCAAAUGAUUAUAGGUAAAACUAACACCAGUCUACACUUAUGCGUCCACAAUUUCAGAAAAGUCUUCGUUGUUACGUUGUUGUCGUAGCCACUGUUACUCUCCGCUUAGAAAAAACAACCGUUUAUCUUUUUAUUUUUAAAUAUCAUUAUCAUUAUUUGUUAACAAAGGAGAUGGUUCCUGGGGUAAAUGGUUUGUUUGUUUGUUUUUUUGUUUGUUUUUCUAAGAUACAGAGAGCGUACUGCCUAAAGAGUCUUCGCCGAAUAUGUCAGCGCCGAAGAAGUCAGUAUUUAUCUUUGCUUUGUUUCUAUGUUUAUUUGCUUAUUUAAUUGUUCGAAUUCGUUUGUUUAUAUUUUUGAGGGGUACGUUUUGAGUUUCUUACAACAGAUCAUUACCAAAUGAUAACACCAACCAGUACUUAUUCAAUUUGUAUAGGGUAAGGUAAGUUCAGCAUACUAUUGCUAGAAAUCCUAUCCUCUUAGCAUAGCAUGGAGCAAUUACGAGUAUUGAUAGUACUCCCUUCCCUAAAGAUAAUCCAGUCCAUAGCAGGAUUACUUCUUCCCCUCCCCCCUCCUUACAUUCCGUCAUGUGCCUUUUUGUCUCUGUCAAACGUGGUCUCUGUGUACCAAUCAAUACUCCUGGACGGAGAGGGACACCGCGAGGAACGUAUCUCAAACCCCUGCUAAGGACACACGUGUCUAGAAUGUUUGAGACUGAAAUGAAUCAUCUUCCCACGCACUGCGAUGAUUUCAGAGCGGGGAUGGCGGAGUGGCGAGAACGCUAAUCUCCCACCACUAUGGCUCGGGUUCGAUUCCUGGAUCUGGUGAUAAGUGUCGGUUGCGGUUGUUGUUGGUUCUCGUCCUUGCUUCGUGGGUUUCUUCACAGAACCUCCCGUUUUGCUCCCACGCAAAAACCAACAUUCUCAUUUUUUUUUUAACCUAAGCAGCGAGAACGACCAAUUAGGAGAAAGCCAAUAUGAAUCUGUGAAGCAAGUUGAAGCCGCAAAGCUUCUUGGGUCACCGAACAGCAAGAAUAAUACUAGGCUUCGACCACCACCAGAAAAUUGUGAAUAUGCUGUUGUCAACAAGGCAAACAAGAAGGUGAGCAUUUAGCGUUAGAAGUAUGGAUGUAAUUGGGAUUCAGUGUAAUUUCAAGUUUUUGCUAGAACGAUGGACUCUAAUAAAUUUGACAUGUGCAGCAGAUGAAUGAACAGAGUCUUGAACGUCUACAGGCAGAUUGGAUAGAAUCGUGUACAUGACUAAACCUGAAGAGAGGCAGAUUAUGGAAUACAUUGUUAUCUACGUACGUAAGGGCAUCUAGAUAUUAAUGUUCGCUAGAGCGAGGCUCUUUGCGCUGAGAAGUUCGUUAAAUGUGGCAUCAGACCAAAAGGAAAAUUAAAAAAAAGAGAUUCCAUGACAUAAACUUGUAGCUAGCAUCAUCAUUAGCAGGGCAUUUUGAUAUAUGAAUUUUUUUUUUCCGUGUUGAUUCAAGCGAAAGGAGGGAGACCUUGUGUACGCCCAACUCGCCGAAUUUGACCAUGAAACUGAUGCCACCAAACCACCAAAACCACCCAGCUAUGAGCCUACGGUAUACGCUGAUGUUGAAGUACCAGACUCCUUACAGCCAACGUAUGCAAAUCUUGAAACGACUGGUGUCUGAAUGAAAUAAAUGUACGUAAUUUACCGGCCGAGAGGUCCGUACUAAUAAAAAGCUGUGCUCAAGUUCUUGGACACCGCAAGAGGCCGUACAUAAGAUCCUCCGGGACGUGCCGAAGAAAAAAAUAUAUUAAACCUGGCCGCUUGUGACAAAUGUCGGUGACCUAAAAAUGACUGCUUUCCCCCACCAUCUGGUAAUUGCCAACUUAGCAGGAUUGUUGUUUAUAAUAUUGGUAAUCCGUGAUCCUUGCUUAGGUUUUGAUGCUACGACGAAAAAACGACAGAUAUGGAAUUGGAUCCUAUUGGCUUUCUGUUAAAAAUUCAACAGUAAUUUUAGCCCUCUCUACUUUUAGAGCGAUUUACGGGCGUAUUUGAUUGGAACAUGAUCAUAAGAGAUGUGUAAACUCCAACAAACAAGGUAAUAAAAUGUUAAAUUAAAUAAGCGACGAAUGAACAAAUUUAACCCCAAUAAGUUUUAGAGGUUCUGGAUUUCAGUACUAUGCUGCCUUGUAGCACUGACUUAUUCUGGAAAUUUUAAAAUCUAAUUUAAAAGAUCAUCGAAAUAAUUACGCCUUGAUCGCCUAAUCGGGCUUAAAAUGAUCAAUCAAGACAAAGUCACAACAUUAGGUAAGCUGCUAUGUAGAUGUUACUCUCCAGCCAGUUUCUGUCUUGCAAUCUAUGAUACAAAUGUCCAUAUACAUGUAUAUUUUGUUGGAGUAGCCUGCAGAGCAGGCGUAAUUUUGGCUAGCGAGUGCUCAGUAUUUUUCUUAAGGGAAAUUAAGGCCGCCAUCUUCGAUUUUAAUGGCAGCGGAAGGCUGGGUAGAAAAAUAAAUUUUUACCAAGGGGGCGGUCGACGGUCAAUAAUAAUGAGAGGGGUAGGGGUGGAGAAGUGCCCCUACCCCUGCCGACUACUCUGACUCCAAAUCAAAUAUGGCCGGUCGGAUAAACGAUCACGAACAUAUGACGUUAGCUCGCACUAAUAAGACACCUGCACUGCAAGCUAUUGUAGAAGUGAAAACUUCACGCACCGUUUUACAACGAACAAAUUGUUAGAUAAAAUUUAGAUAAAUCCAAUCGGAUUUUCAUCAAGAUAGUGAUUCGAGCUUUUAAGGACCGGUCAUUAUAUAUGUGUGGGUCAAUGCUUAUUCAGAUUGGUAAGGGGAGAAGGUAAUCAAGUUUUGGGGAAGUCAUCAGUUAAAUAGAAGAGCGCAGACAAUAUAUGUGAAACAGUUAUGCCAAAUUGUACAAUUUUGUGGAAAUUUUUUUGUUUUCUCGUUUUUAAACACCAGCAUUCUGUACAACUUAGUGAUUUUCCGAUGAUUAUGAAUAUAUGGAAAUCAUAUAUUGUGCGACUUUUAUUUCACAGAAAAACUGCUUGCUCUCUAAACUCC